AUGCUUGUAAGUGGUCCACAGCAUUUCCAUAUAAAAAAUCCAUCUGUAAAAGUGAUAGUUUACAGUCCGUGCAUGUAUUUUUAUUAUAGUGACCCUGGCUUGAUAGAUGCCAUUCAUAAAGCACAAAUUUUGGCAAAACAGCAUUGUGAUGAACAAUUUCGAUAUGAACGUUGGAAUUGCACAAUCAAUACAAAAUUAUUUAAAAAAAUCACAAAAGAAACUGCUUUUGCUCAUGCACUAGCAUCGGCAGCUAUUGCUUAUUCUGUUGCUAAAGCUUGCGCAUCAGGUUCAUUGGUCCAUUGUCACUGCAGCACUUCUACAAUUCAAGAUUCAAAUUUCUCUUUACAUAAUAGUAUUUGCUCAGAAAACUUUCAAUAUGGUCGCAAAAUAGCUAAAAAAAUAUUAAAUCCUAGCAUACCAAGUUUAAAAUAUAAACAGAGAUAUGAUCAUGAUCAACAUAUAGCAAAUCAUGUAUUACAACAUGAUUUGGGAGUUGGAUUACGUACUCUUUCGUCACAUAUUAGAAAAAUAUGUAAAUGUCAUAAUCCGAACGGACUAUGCAAAAUCAAAACAUGCUGGAAAAGGGUUGAAGAUUUCAAAAAUGUUGCUAAAGAGCUCAAAAUAAAAUAUUAUCACGCUUCAAAAUAUAAUCGGAGUAACAAAUCUUCCAGAAGCGUGCUACACAAAACUGCUAGACCGAAAUCGUUACAAUUUCUUAUUACUUCGCCUUCUUAUUGUUCUCAAACCGUGGGUCGCAUAUGUUUGAACACAAGUAAUUGUGCCAAUCUUUGCUGUGGAAGAGGUUAUCAGGAAACCUUUAUUGAAGAUUGGAAAUUCUGCAUGUGUCGAUGGAAUGGUUGCUGCCACUUAAAAUGCCACAGGUGCAUUGUUGAAAAACCAGUACUCCUUUGUAAAUAA